AGAAAGAAACCUAUGAAUUGCAUUGGGAGCAGCACAAUCCUGACGCUGCUCUGGUUUCUGUUCUUCUUUUCUUCGUCCUCGAAAACACAACCGACAACCUCGUCCUCAAAAUUAAUUGAAAUUCAAAAUUGCUAAAAUUAAGAAACAAAAAGUCACGUGUAUUCCACGCCGCCACCAAUAACUUUCUGCUCUCUCCUCUCCCACCGUCGUCAACGCAAAAACACCAACCCGUUCCCUUUUCCGAACCGGAAUGGAGGUUGGGGUCUCCGAUCCGAACCCGAACCCGGUUCGGGUGAAGCGGAAAACCCUUGAGGCCAUGCUGGAACAGUGUCAGAGAGCCCUUGAACUCAUCAAUGCUUCCGAUGGACAACACCAAGAGCAAGAAGAGGAAGAAGAAGAAGAAGACUCUGAUGAAUCACAACCUUCCACCUCCCCCGAUCCAGAAACUGAUCAGUUGUGUGACCUAAUCAAAUCUAGAGUUGAGUGCCCUGACUUCCUUGAAAAGUUGGAGUAUGCACAAGCAUCAGUUUCUCUCAGUGUAGCUGAAGAAGGUAGUUCUUGGGAUCUUGUUAGCGAAAAUGAUCUUUGGGAAGGUGAAGAUGCUAACUCUAACUCAGACCAAGAAGAUUAUGUCCUUGUUAAACAAGAAGAUAUUGUGGAAGGAAUAGCAUGUUUCAUGGCUGCAUAUUUGUUGUCCCUCAAGCAAACCAAGGAUUUAACCCCAAAUCAACUCCAGGAUGCUCUUAGCAAGACAUUUUCUGUGCAAAAGAAAAAGGGAAAGCUUCGAAAGGCAUGGGAUGGGAGCAAAGUUGUUUAUAAUGUUGCAUCAUGGGGAGCUACAGCCAUUGGGAUAUAUCAAAAUCCUGUUAUUGCAAGGAUUGCAACUAAAGCAUUCUGGACUUCUUGCCAAGUUAUAUCAAAGCUACUCUGAUCAGCCGAUGCAGCUUGAAGAAAAGUUGAACUGUAGUAAAUUGACUGUUGUGUAUUUGCUUGUGCCGCAAUUAAGAUUGGUUUUCUAAACUCCCUCUGCACCGAGUUUCAAUUGAUCUUUAUGUAGUUUGAUCAUGUAAAUAUCUUUAUUCAAAUGUCCCAAGUGCUAUUCAAAUUCUUAUUCACAA